AUGGAAAACAUUUUUAACCAUCAUUCAGAAAGUUUCUUAUUUGAAAUUGAAGAGUUGAAAAAAAAAAUUGUUUCUAAAUCUGAUGAAAAAUUAAAAAAUAAUCAAUAUGGUAAAAAUGCAGCUGUUGAAUUAUUUAACUAUAGUGCUGAUUUCAUUGAGUUACAGAAUUAUUUCGAUGAAAAUUUUCUCAUCGAAAAGAUAAAUCAGUUUUGGACAAAUAUUUGUCUUAAUGAUAAAGGAAAUAUUUCAGAAGUCAUUUUAAUUAACGAUUUUUACUUCGGAUUACUUGCUUAUGAAAAAUAUGAUAUUACUGUUCCAAUGAACACUAUAGAAGCGUUUCAUUUGUUAAAUGAGAUAAUCUCCGAAUUCAAAGUCCUGAAAAGCUGUCAAAAGCAUAAUAUAUAUAAAAGAGAUAACUUUCAUGGUAAUAACAAAUGUGAUGAUAACCUUCAAAGUAAUAACACAUGUAAUGAUAACCUUCAAAGUAAUAACACAUGUAAUGAUAACUUUUUUAGUGAUUAUGAUGGUCUCAAUGUUGGAUGUAGUGAUAUACAUGAAAUUUUAGGUUCGCCAAAAAUACUAUCACGCAGAACUAGACAUAAGGCUCAUGGAGAUUAUCCUUAUGAUCCUUACGACAGUUCCAUGGAUUUGGAAGAAGAUAAUAUAUAUCAUAGAGAUUACGACUUUAUGAUGAAACCGCCAAUCUACUUGUUAGAAUUUGCAAAAAUUGUUAGAAACAAGAAACAUUUCUACCAUGCAAGAUACUUCUCCGUACACAUGUACCGUUCCUUCAGUGGCAGUAGGUACUUGCUAGAUCUUUCCUACCACCCAAAGGUCAUCUCGGUCACGGUCCAGCCUCGAAACAUGAAUAAUACUGCUGGAGGCGUUUGCUUUCCCAGUUUACUUGGGCCCCGCAAAUUGCGUUGCCCUGAUAAUGAUGCUGCUGAAAGGAUUUUUGAAAGACUGGUGCUUGAUUGUCUGUUUGGUGAGUUGUCUGCCCACCGGUUGCUACCCAAGUUUCAAUCAGCUUACAGAACAAGAUCAUCUACAGAAACAGCUUUUGAAAGAAGAAGUUUGGAAGUGGUGGAGGAGCUGCAGAGGAGAAUGGUUGACGUGGCUGCAUUACAGGAGAUCAGAUGGAAGGGUGAGGGUACAAGGUUUGUGGGGGCUAAAGGUGGAAGAUAUAAGUUGUGGUGGAAGGGGGAUGAUGGUACGGGAGGAGUUGGUGUGAUGGUAAGAGAAGAGUUGGUGGAGAAGGUGUUGGAAGUGAGGCGGAGAAGCAAUGGUGUAAUUGUGGUGGUGAUGGUGUUUGGAAAAGUAAUAGUGAGGGUGAAAUCAGGAUAUGCUCCGCAACAAAGUAGGAAGGAAGAGGAGAAAAAUAGGUUUUAUGAUGAUGUUUCUGACGAGAUUGGGCAAGCGGGGUUGGAUGAGUUUGUGGUGUUAUUGGGUGAUUUGAAUGGUCAUGUGGGGGCGGAUGCAGACGGAUAG